GCAAUCGGAAUUCAGAGUCUAACUGUCUAACUCUUAUUGCACUAUUCAUUUUGAGACGAAGACAAUCUUACCUUAUUAUCAAAUAGUCUAAUAGCGGCAUUAUAGUAUUAAUUGAAUUGAGCGAGCGAACUUUGAAUUGAUAAUUUUAACAUUUUGAUAAACCACUGAAUCGCACAGAUAUCUAUUGUCGCUUUAUUUCGUAAAUAUAUUAUCAUGGUCAUGUCAUGACGUGAUAAUAACUUUACCAAUUUUACUUACCUACUUUUAUUGUUUACUUUUAGUGAUCCAGCCAAACGUGUUCAGUGUGUGUUAUGUUACGUUCAAGUGUAAUUAGCAAGGGGCUGCGGCUGGUGUCGGGUACAGAUGCUUUGGGUCCUGUGUUGUUGCCCGUCAGACUGUGCAACAGCAAUGUGGUGCCUGCCCCGACGGCCGUGGAGAACCAAGAGCUGUUGGCUCCGCUAGUAGAUUUGAUGGGACGUCGCCACAAUUAUUUACGUAUAUCUUUAACGGAACGUUGCAAUUUACGCUGCCAGUACUGCAUGCCGGCGGAGGGCGUGCCGCUGUCGGCGCGCGGGCAGCUGCUGACGGCGGAGGAGACGCUGCGGCUGGCGCGCGUGUUCGCGGCGCUCGGCGUGGACAAGCUGCGCCUGACGGGCGGCGAGCCCACGCUGCGGCCCGACCUCGCCGACAUCGUGCAGGGUCUAACGGCGAUCCCGGGCAUCCGCUCGGUGUCGAUGACGACCAACGGGCUGGUGCUGACGCGGCGGCUGCCGGCGCUGCAGCGCGCGGGGCUCGCCGCUCUCAACAUCUCGCUGGACUCGCUGCGCAAGGAGCGCUACGAGCAGAUGUCGCGCCGCCAGGGCCUGUCUCGCGUGCUGGCCGGCAUCGACCUGGCGCUGCAGCUCGGCUACCGGCCCGUCAAGAUCAACACCGUGCUCAUGAAGGGUUUCAACGAAGAUGAAAUUGUAGACUUCGUGGAAUACACGCGCGACCGAGAGGUGGAAGUGCGGUUCAUCGAGUUCAUGCCGUUCGCAGGCAACGAGUGGGCGCGCGACCGCCUCGUGCCGUACCGCGCCGCGCUGCGCGCCGUGCUGCGCGCCUUCCCCGCGCUGCGCCCGUGCGCGCCGCGGCCCAGCGACACGGCGCGGGUGUGGCAGGUGGAGGGCUACGCGGGCCGCGUGGGGUUCAUCGCGUCCAUGACGCAGGCCUUCUGCUCCUCCUGCAACCGCCUGCGGCUCACCGCCGACGGGAAUCUCAAGGUGUGCCUGUUGGGCGGUGCGGAGGUGUCUCUCCGGGACGCGAUGCGCGCGCAGCAGUCGGACGAGCAGCUGGCGGCGCUGGUGCGGCGCGCGCUGCGCAACAAGCGGCCGCGCCACGCCGGGAUGGCCGCGCUGGCGCGGGCGCCGCCGGCCCAUGAUCCUCAUCGGCGGCUAGCGCGCGCCUACUGCACCGGCCGCCUCUCGCACCUGGACCGGCGCGGGCGCGCGCGCAUGGUGGACGUGGGCCGCAAGCCGGUGACGGCGCGCGCGGCGCGGGCGGGCUGCCGGCUGCGCGUGGGCGCGCCGCUGCUGCGCCUGCUGCGCGACGCCGCGCUGCCCAAGGGCGACGCGCUCAGCGUGGCGCAGGUGGCGGGCGUGCUGGCCGCCAAGCGCACGGCCGACCUCAUCCCGCUGUGCCACCCGCUGCCGCUGGACUGCGUGCGCGUGCGCGUGCGGCUGCCGCGCGGGCCCGCGGGGCGCGGCGGCGCGCUGGAGGUGCGCUGCGAGGUGCGCACGCGGCACCGCACGGGCGCCGAGAUGGAGGCGCUGACGGGCGCCGCGGUGGCCGCGCUCGCGCUCUACGACAUGUGCAAGGCGGUGGACAAGGGCAUGCGCAUCACGGACCUGCGGCUGCUGCACAAGUCCGGCGGCCGCAGCGCCUGGCCCGCCGACGAGGAGGACGCGUCCGCCGACGAGGAGGACGCGCCCGCCGCCGCUCCGCCACCGGAACCAGAAUCGUGACGGAGCGAAACUUUCGCGCUGACCGACCUUUCUCAUGUCUAAUCCCCUUCCCCUUGUUGUGUAUUUUUACACCAUACCUACUGUAUAUGGAUUAAAGUUACUGUAAUACACGUGUACAGAGAAAAGGAUGAUACAAGGUAUCCUUCUUAUCAUUAUAAUUUUAUAUUUUUAAGGUUAUUUUAUAUUACAUAUUUAAGUACAGCAUGUAAUGUCGUACCGUAACACCUAGAAAAAUACCUAUACCAAAUUCGAAACUGCGUCGUACAUAAAACCAAAAGUCACGCCUCUCCAUGGCCACGAUGCCUACAUACUUCUUUCGCGUCAGCCACAAAAUGAAAGCCACGCCUAUUUAUGCGUCGUAUAAAUCGAUAUAUGUCACCGUAAAAUAACACAAGAACCGCAAGUUAAUAAACUACCUAGGCAAUUUAUAAACUUUCGUAGGAUACUAAACGAGAGAUGAAUUGUAUUAUCUUACGCGCACAUUUGCGACCACUCAUGGUAAAUUUAUAAACUUACGGAUAUCCUUUCGAGAGAUGCUAAACGUUUCGAACAAUAACCUACAGACAAGCUUUUUCAUUUAUGGUUCUUUAAAAUAGGACAAAUAAAACACAGCUCUCUGAUAGGUCGAUGUUGGCAGUGGUAGUUUCUAUGUCGCUCGUCAUGGGUUUACUUUAGUAAGUAACAAAAUAAAACUAUUUUUACAGUUUCAAAACAGUAGCAACAUUAAACACUUUGUCGUUUGGAUAAUGCUUCUUAUUAUGUUACCUAAAUUUAAAAAUUUACGGAAAUGUGGACGUAAAAUAAUAUAAUUCAUGUCUAGAUUAGAACCCUACGAAAGUUUAUAAUUUUCCUAGGAAAUUUAAGAAUCUGUGGUUCUUAUUAUUUUUCAAUGACAUAUAUAUUGUUUUCUAUGUAAUGUACCUAGCCCACAAAAUAGAUAAUAAAGUGUCUAUAAGAAUAAGAAACGAUUGAUUAAAUUUUUAACCUAAACUACUGGUCAAUGUCUAGAUAAAAUGUGACGGCAUGGCUGUGUUAAAUUAAAAAUACUUAUAUACUGUUACUAUAUCCCCUGUCCCAAAUUGUAACUACAAAGUAACUUUUAUAAUAUAUGUACAUACUCCUAGUCCUAGCCCUAUUUUGGUUAAGGACCUUAUAAACAGGGUAUUGUAAACGCACUUAUUAUACUAAGUCAUUUUAUUAAGCACAAUUUUAUUAAGCUUUGUAAGGUAAAACUAUUUGUUUAUAAGGUAGGAUCAUUUAAGUGUGUAAGAGAUAAAAUCAUGAAAUUCAGUAUGUUACUUACAAUUUACCUAAGUUUUGUUGUGAUUAUGAAAAUUCAAACACCUACUUCAAACAAAAAUCUUGUUCUACUAAACUUAUGGUUGACACUGCAAUAGGUUCUUCUAAGAAGCAGGAUUAGAAAGCGGGUCCACAACAAGUUGUUGAAUUAAAAACUCUUGAAAUUCAUCUCAUUAAAUAAAUAAGUGGGCCCGCACUUGGACUGCUCUGCCACUGAGUUUAUACUAUCAAUCACAAGACUAAGUUGAUAAGUUUCAGUGAAAGGUUGUGAUACUCAUAAAUGACAUUCCACUAUUAGGGAUAUAGACGUGAUGAUAUGUAUGUAUGUAUGACAUUCUACUUGCUCUGGAGACUAUCAACAUACAGUUAUAAUGAUCAUUAUCAUUUUAUUUGUAAUUAAGAAGGGUUUAAAAGUAAUCUUUAUAGGUUAAUUUGAAUAAUGUGUUACUUUUUUUAUGUACAUGAAUGUAUUUAUCUACAUCAAUUCAUUUAUGUACUCAUUACAUAGAUGUAGAACUGCACAUUUGCUAUAGCUAAAGAGUAUUCAAUACUUAUCACAUAUAAUAAAUAAUUUGCAAGGGCUUCAAAGCCCCAUGGAAGGUGACACAUUAACAAAAACUGAUGGUGCUAUGAAUAAAUUUCGUUAGUAUGUAUUGAAAA